AUGGUGAAAUGCACUUGGGUGCCGAAGGAGUGGAACAGAUUUCUGCUCCGUUUUCCAUGCAACGUGACAGUCGUGAAAGCCAUUCAAAGUGGGGUACCGAACGAUGGUGAUGUCACGUUGACUUGGGUCUUUGGAUGCUUUGAAGGAAUUACUGACAUGGGCAGCCGUCAGAAGCUUCCAAACGACAGAUAA